AUGGGGAGAAGGGCUCAACUUGCGAUUGCUCCGGCCCUAGCCAAUCCAAAUGCCCAGGGUUAUAUUGAUUUUCACCGACCUCAUUCGAUCAAUCAUCUGAUAGUUGAUGAUCUUGGCACAGAAGAAAUUCUACUCCUCGCUACUGACUCGGGCAAUAUCACGGCCUACUACACCAAAUCCAUCGAAGAAGCCAUUCGAAGGCAACCCUUUCGCUUUACCACCAGCGCGACAGGUGAUCUGACUGAUGUUCGGCCGUUCUUCUCCGAAUGGGUCUAUGAAUCGGCUUGGGGUUUGUCAAUUCAUACUCGGGCUCGAAUGAUUGCGGUCUCCGCCAACACUCCCCAUCACAUCCCAAAGGAUGAUCCAUGUGCCAAGGUUACCGUGUUCGCUUUCGCCUUAUCAGGUGGGGACUAUCCUGCUGGACCAUCCCUUGAUGGUGACGACGAUUAUAAUGACACUGACCAAUAUCUUGAAUGGCAUGAGUGGGACGUGUUUGAUGACAUUGAGACCCCGCCUCGAGACAAGAACUACAAAAUCACACUCGCUGGUCUUGAAGGCCAUGAUGCAAACAUACCAAGCGUGGCUUUUGUCAAUACCGAACAGGAUUUGCGCGGUAAAUGGCUAAUAAGCACAGAUAUUGACGGCAAUACCAAAGUCUGGCAAAUCUGGCGAGGUCUCUGUCAUAAAGACUGGAAUUUUGCCGAGAAGAAUAUCCGUGCUGGUUGGCUAAGACGCCGCGAGGGCGGUUGGGCUGUUGCUGCCUUGGAUUCCCGAUGCUUCCGCACUGCUCGCUCAAUGGAAGAAUUCUGCGGUCAUUCCAGAGCUCCUUCCUAUCAUGGCCAUGCUGGUACCGAGAGCUACGAUAUCACAAAUAUCGUACGACUCCGAACUCCCGGUAAUAGUCAUGCUCAUCCUCUCAUGGUCGAGAACUCGGACGAUUCGGACGAUCUAGCUGAUUCCGAACAAGCAGCGGACUUUUGGUCUGAUUCCGAUGAUAUUAUUGAUGAUGAUACAGAUGGAUUUCCUACAUAUCAGCUGGGCUCCAACCCGAUUGAGCCCAUUGCCUUUCAGAAUAGCCAAGCUACCAACUCUUCAUUUGUCUCCUCUAUCCCUGCUUCCUCGAUUGGAAGCGACCAUACUGAAGAUCCUGCAGUUUUGACGAUGGUUGAGGUUCAUGAGGACGACUCCAUGUCCGGGGAGGGGGACGAAAAUCAACGCGAAUCAAGCUCGGAUGAGUUGACCGAGGACUUGUCAUCAUCGGAUCAUCGUAGUAUAACCUCUCUAUCGAGCCUUGCACAGCAAAAUCAACAAGUUGUUGAAGAUGAUGCUGUACUUCUCCUUCCAACCUCAGUCAGCUCAAUUGAGGUUGGAAGUCCAAGAAAGGGUCCUGUCUCAAGUGCUACAACCAUACCAAGGCCGCGGACGCGCAGGAAUUCAGAAAAUCCAACAGUACCCGAUAUUCCUCUGCUUCACUGCAGUGCUUCAAACUUGAGGAUGUUGCGCGGCCCAGACGCGCAGUCACCACAUCUAUUUUGCGCAAACAUUUUAAAGCAAGCACUACCUCCCAUCAUCGAGAGAGGGGGUCUAGGAAAUUUCGAGAGACUCAACAUAAUCCAGCAAAUCCCCGAACUGGGAAUUGUCAUCGUUGCCUCUCAAAUUGGCAGAUGUGCUGUUUGUUCAUUGACCAGAAACGGCAAGACAGGGACCCUAGGACUACGUGUUGACUGGAUACUACCAACAAGGAAACAAGAAUCCAAGAUGUUGCGACCCGUGAGACCAUUACUUGGCAUUGCGACCUCACCGGUUCAGGGUAGAACUAGCGAGCAGCGGAAGAGCCAGAGCCCUGAUGCCGACGAUAGCAUCACUUGGGGGAGCGAUGGGGUCUUGGACGGCGUGUCCAUCACAUUUGAUCCAGUCAUGCUAGGCCUAAAGGAUCGAGACCAUGGAUCAAGUGAAAACCUCGGAUCUAGUGACGAAGACGAAGCAGAGAGUAGCUCACGAGGAGCGAGGCGUGCAAAGCGUAAGAGGCUUUCACCUACAGGAAAGGGUGCUCGUCCUUCACAAUAUUCCUCAGAAUACCGAAAAUGGACCAUUCCUGCUCACGCCGAAUCUUGGGAGACAACUGAAAAUAGUCGUCGCUACAGACUCAUGCUGACGUAUUCGGACUUCACUGUCUUCACAUACGAGCUGAGUCGAGGGGUGGAAAGGGACGAUAUGGCUCAAGGAGAGGUUUCAUCCCUUGAUCUCGUUGACUGA